ACUCUGCACAGUUUCCUCUCUGUCUCUCGCCGCGGCGCACAUCGGCUCCGCGCUCCCACCGGGAUGGCUCGUUGUUUGCUCACCGGAGGAGUCCCGACGCUUUAGAUAAAGUCGUGUACUUGUUGUGUAGUUGACUCUGCAGGUCGAUGUCCCCUCUGUCGGACUUGUGUGUUUAUGUUCGGACGCGCGGCGGUGGGACAUCCGGAAUGGGGGAUCCGUAGGAGACGACGCUCGCUGCUGUGUGUGUGUGUGCUGUUGGUAAAUAGAGCGCACCAACGCGCGCGCGCGCACAGACCCAUUACGCACGAGAUGGACUUUAAGAAGACAAAAUUUGGAAGGUUCAUGAACUGCAGGGUCCCAGCCAGUAAGAGAUACCAGCCCACUGAAUACGAACAUGCUGCAAACUGUGCCACACAUGGGUUGUGGAUCCUCCCCAGUCUGUUGGGAGGGUCUGUGCUCUACUUCCUGUCUGUGGACCAAUGGCAUCGCAUGGCUGCCUGGCUCUACGGGAGCGGACUGACAGGCCUGUUUGUCACCUCAACACUCUUCCACACCGCUGCCUGGAAAAUCAGCCACCUCCGGAAGGUGGAGCAGCGUUUCCACAUGUGUGACAGGAUGGCCAUCUACUUCUUCAUCGCUGCCUCCUACUCUCCCUGGUUGAUGCUGAGGGAGCUGGGGCCCUGGGCGUGCCACAUGCGUUGGCUGAUAUGGGUCAUGGCCUGCGUAGGAUCCGUAUAUGUCUUCUUUUUCCACGAGAGGUACAAGCUGGUGGAGUUGUUUGGGUAUGUGGCCAUGGGGGCUGUUCCUGCUUUGGUCAUCCUGUCUAUGGUGGAGCGUUCAGGUGUGUGUGAGCUGGCGCUGGGAGGAGUCUUCUACGUGGUGGGCGUGGUCUUCUUCAAGAGCGACGGCCUCGUCCCUUUCGCUCACGCCAUCUGGCAUCUUUUUGUUGCAGUAGGAGCGUGCAUCCAUUAUUACGCCAUCUGGAGGUACCUGUACUUACCCGGGCCGCUGCUGCAGACGUCGAGGUGACUAACCGCUCUCACCUGAGAUCACGCGUUUCGAGGACGCUGUGGUUCGACUUCAACUAACACGACUCAUGAGGCUGCACAGAUGGUGCUGAUCUGACCAGCAAACACGCCGACUGUUUAACUAAAAGUCAUUUCAACAUGCUGAUUAUACAGACUGACUGCAAAAACACAGUUUGAAUUUGGGUUUAUAAGACGGUAUUACGUUACGUUAUUAUCGUCAUUUGCGUUUGUCACCUCGUGGGAGACGAUUGCACAAAUGGAAACAUUUUAUGUGCCAGAAAGUUUAGAUGACCAAUGUUCAGUUAAAGGUAUAGUAUGCAGGGUUUUAACCCCCCAAAUUGAGCAACCUAACAUGAAAUUAUUCAAAAUGAAAUGAGAGAUUCCUUAAGAAAAAAGUUACAAGAAAAUGACCUGAAAAAAAAAAA